UAACAAAAUGAGGGGAUGUGUGUGACUGAGGCAGCAGCAGCAGCGGCAGAGGAGCGCUGAGGAGCGCGUCACUUUCUGACGCUGCGGGAGAACGCGGAGCAUCUGUUGUACGGCCCCGCAGCUUAACGCACCAGACAAUAGACAGUGAAAUAUAUGGGGAGCGAAGAGAGGGGAGGGAGGAGGUGCUCCUGGCUGCUGUGACCCCCUCCCCUCCUCCUCCUCCUCCCCCCUCCUCCUCUCCCUCUCCUCCCUCCGUUCCUCCCAGUCUACAAGCUCGUCAGGCGCAGAAAUAAACAGGAGCGAGCGCAGAGCAGAGAAGACGUUCCUCCCUCCCCUCCCCCUCCUCGCUAUCUGUCCAUCUUCAUCCAGCCUUUCUUUCAUGGAGAGGAAUUAUCCCGCUGCAGGGUUCGGAGACCUGGGGGCUGCAGGGACGGGAUGGACGUACGACAGAUCGGCCAAAGCAAGCCUGAUGUAUGGAAGCUCCAGGUCGUCCCACCCAGACUCAGAGCUGCUCCACCGCCAGGCGUACGGCCCCCCCCACCCCCUCCAGGGCUAUGCAACCAAUCACCAUCCAGGAAGCAGCAGACAGGGCGGGGCCUGGGGCGCUGCUGGACGCUCGCUGGGCCUGUCGGGGCUGUUUGAUGCCAGCCUCCACCAUGCCAGCCCCUCGGGGCCUGACCCCUCCGUCAUGAAUCUGAUUUCAGCCCUGGAGUCCCGAGGUCCACAGCCCCCCACCUCCGCCUCCUCCCUCCUCUCUCAGUUUCGCACUCCCUCUUGGCAGACUGCGAUGCAUACACCGGGCCCGGCGGAGCUCUUUAUAUCAGGAGCCCUCCCGGGGUCCAGCUCCUUCCCCUCCUCCUCAGCCCUUUCUGCAUACCAGCAUCCUGGCUCCUUCUCUGGGCGAUCCUUCACUCCCUCACUAUCCCUACAGGACACACCCACAUUUAGCCCCACCUCCAAUGGUUUACUCUCCCCCCAUGAUCCCCUGCUGCACAUCAAAACCCCCUCCCAGUCCAGCUUGGGCUUUGACCGCUUGCUGUCCUCCCAGAGUGCCGCAUACCGAGGCUCCCAGGAGCCCACGGCGCCGACCCAAGCCCCUUCCACCUCUUCCAGUUGCCACCUGCCUCCUCCCCAGUUCAAUCUGCUGUCCUCCCAGCUUCAUAACCAGUCUCAGCUUUAUAACGCUUCAAUGUUCUCGUCUACACCAGCCCUGACUCCUUCGGCCCCCCCUUCAAGCCAGCCUCCAGAGAGGGCGGUUUCCCGUCAGGACAGUGUGAUAAAGCAUUACCAACGAACAUCCCCGGCUCAUUCUGCAACACUUCCCCUCCAGCAGUAUGUCAGCUGUGGUGGCUCAUCAGGCUAUCAGCAGAUAGCCAGCCACCACCGGCAUCCCGGAUUGUCCUGCAGUCCCCUUGGUGAGCAGAGCCCAUCCUCUGACCCUAAGCCCUCUGUGCGGAUGGAGCCCAAGGCGUAUCGACCGAUCAUCCAAACCCCCUACACAUCCUCCCCCUCCAGCUCCACAGCCUCUUCCUCUUCUGGUACUAAAGCAUCCAAGUGUUCAGGCUCCAGCAGUGGCUACUCCUCUGCUGGAUCAGUGUCAUCCCGUACUCCACACACUCCACCAUCAGCCUCCUCAGCCUCCUCUUUAUCAUCUUCUAGCUCCAAGACAACCGCUGGCUCCUUGUCUGCCUCCUCCCGCCAGCAGCCCCCUCCUCAGUCUGCACCAGUACAUGCACCUCUACAAGUGGUGUCAUCAAACCUUGCUCCACAGCCAGCACAAGAACAAUGCCUCUCUUCUUAUGGAUCUCCAUCUGUGGCCAAAUCAAACCUACCAGACCAGACCCCUCCCCAGCAACAUGCCCAGUCCUGCUCACCAAACCAGCCUCCGCCUACACACAUGGCCCAGUCGUAUGGGGGCUUCAACUCACCUCACGCUCAGGACCUGAGCAGUGGAUCAGGGGGCACUGGAGGAAAGAAUUUUACUGGUAUUGGGUCUGGGGGGCGCUCGUUUUCUGCAGAGGUAGUAUUUGGGGAAUCAAGCUUCAGCUCAAGAAGAGCAGGCAGUCCUUCCUUAGGAUAUGGAAAUGCAGGAGGGUCAACAGGAAGCGGGCCCAUAUCAGGACUUGGAGGUGGAGUUGGAUCAGCAGGAUUAGGGAGUGGGCCUGCAAGUGGUAGCACUGGAGGCAGCAGCUCUUACCACCUUUCUGAGUCAAGUCCAUCACCCUCCCUUGGGUCUAAGAUUAGUCGCCCCGGACUGCACUCUCCUGCUUCUGCUCGGCCUACACAGUCUCCUGGAGGUUCAGGGGCCAACAACAAAUACUUGUCCUCCAUUCUCUCUCCUGCUUUUUUGCCUUCACCACAAGGAUUCCCUGAUACUAGGCCAACACAGAGCCAGUCCUACCACUCAACACCACCAAAGUCAAAAACAGAGUCUACCAUGCUGGGAGUUGAGAGAUCCCAGGAUGCAGAAGAAGAUGAGGAGGAUUUCCUCAUCCAGCACUUACUACAUGCCCAAAGCUCAGCUCCCCAUCCAUCCCAGCAUCACCAACCUCCUCAGCAACUAUCCCAACCGCAUCCACAGGCGAGGGAUGGGGAAAACAAGGGGUUAACCUUUGACAUCAACAAGAUCUCGGAAGAACGCUACCACCUACAGAGUGUUAUUCGCACCAAUAAUGGCAGUUCAGGUUCUGGGACUGAAAUUAGUGACUCAGCAAGUGGCUUAAACAGUCAUUUGGAAAUGUCAUCAAAGAAACAGUCUCAGAAGUCAGAGUUAAAUAUAUCAAAGUCCACUGCAGUAGGGCUUGGAGGGGUCACUGACUCUUUUUCUCACUCCCAUCAACAACAACAUGACUCCUUGAGCUCUGGGCUCCACUAUGAAAGAGGAGACCCCUACACACAACACCCACACUCCCAUCACACCUCACAUCUGUCCUCACAGUCUCAGCAACAUUCUCAGCACUCCCAAAUCUCCCAGCACUCUCAGCACAGUCAUCCCCUGUCCCACUCACAUAGCCUCCCUCACAUGGACCUGAAGAAGCCUUCAGAUUCAAACACCUACUUAUGUAACACAACAGACGUGCAGCAGGCUCCCCAAAGCAGGAUCCCAAUCUCCAUGAUGGAUUCACCACCAGACCCUACCCAGCAAGCUCACAUGCUACAGUCUGUCCUUUCCCAUACCACCCGCACCAAGAUGGACCCCCAGCUACCCCCUCCACAACAACAGCAGCUUCCUUUGAGCCAGCAGGCCAUGAUAGGUUCAGCUGGAGGAGCAGGGCCUGCUGGGGGAGAAUCCAACCCACAGAGCCAGUCCUCACAGCUGCAACUCCAGCUUCAGAACCAGGGCCUAGAUACCCACUACAGCCUUGGAACCCAGCAAAGAGACCAAACCUGUUCCAGUCAGAGCUCAGUGUCUCCACUAGACUUGUUGGAGCAAUCUCUUUCCCGGGCAAACAGCAGAGACAGUGGAGGAGCUGUGGACAGAAGUGGAGUUGGGGUGACUGUGACAGGAGGGGAAGUGGGUGGUGGAGACAGACAAAGGCCGCAGCACAGGCUUACCCCUCACCACCAUCCCCAACAAACAGCCUCUGGGCUCCAUGACUUUCUCUCUGAACCAGAUUUGGGCUUGUCCACUCCCUCACACCUGCACCACCUUAACCAGUCCCAGACACAUGCCCACGUCCAUGCCCACCACCAACAGCAGGCUCAUCCUCACCAUCAGCUGUCACACUCUCAGUUAGCCCAUCCACACUCCCAUCGGAUGGCAGCAAAUAUGGGGAAUCCCCAACAACAGCAACAGCCUCAACAAAGAGAUCCUGAUACCCAGCUGUCCCACUCCCAGCUAGACCAGCUGAAGCAGCACCAGUUUGACACUGUGAGCCCAGUCGGUAAAGUAGGACAGAAUCAAGCUCAGCAGCAGCGGUUUGCUCCCCUAUCAUCCAUCUGCUUUCCUGACUCUCUGCUACAAGAUGAAGACCGCUCUUUCUUCCCUGAGAUGGAGGACAUGUUUUGUUCAGCUGAUUACAAGUCAAGCUGUGCUGGGGACUCAGGGGCAGGACAGGCUGCUCAAGAGAGCCUUACCCAGGGUCAUAGGCCCGGGCAGGACAGUAUGGAAGUCUUAAAAAGAGGAGGUUCUGUAGAGGGCUAUGAUAUAGUUGGUCAUCAUAGUGAUCAGGGCUAUGAACAGUACUGCCACAGCCUCCCAGGAACAGGAAACAGUAAUCUGCAUUUAGACCUUGACUCUAUGAAGUCUCAUGAACUCCCAUCCACUGUGAAUACAGAUCAGCUCGGCCUAAUACAGUCCCAAACCCCCAGUAUGGGUUUGACCUCAGCAGUUCAAGGGGAUGGCUCAGUCAAGAUGAUGGGAGGUGUGGGUGUGGGUGGAAGUUCAGGCACGCCAGGUCUGACCUCACCCAUAUUUUGUUCCUCUCGACCCAAAAAGCUUCUGAAGACCAGCUCUUUCCACCUGCUCAAACAGCGGCGGGAGCCACAACCCCAAACCAAGAAAAACUACGCGCAGGAGUACGAGUUUGAGGAUGAUGAGGAUAAAGCUGAUGUUCCAGCAGAUAUUCGCCUCAACAGUCGACGCCUUCCUGACCUGCUCCCAGACUUGGUGUCUAGUUGUAGGAAGGCUGGUGGGGCGAUUGGAGUAAGUGGGCUCAGUCCAUUGAUGGGAGACAUGGACUUCUGCCACCCCUCUGGGUACUCUGCCCUUGGACACCCUGCCCAACACCCUCCCAUCGAUGGUCCUAAGAAAAGAGGCAGGAAACCAACAAAACCAAAACGUGAAGGCCCGCCUCGACCACGAGGUAGACCCCGAAUACGUCCACUUCCAGAGCCACCUUAUUGCAGGGGACUGACAGGAUCAGUGCCUGGAGAAAGUAAGAGGGGUCGUGGGAGGGGUCGAGGGAGGGGCAGAAGGGACGAAGGGCUUGUGGACAUGCAUCAAGAUCUGAAUAAAGCACAAAGCCUACCGUAUAAUCAGCAGCAGCAACAGUUCAGCCAACAGCAGCAACAUCUCCAACAGCAACCACAGCUACAACACAGCCUGCAGGCAGAGCACCACCCAACACUGCAGCACCACCUGCACCAUCAGCAGCAGCAUGUUUCCUGUUCUCAGCUCCAACCGCUCCAUCAUCAACAAGAACAGCAACCACAGCAGGAUCCAAUAAGACCUAUCAAGAUCAAACUGCCCGUCCCCUCCAUGCUGCCGUCAGAGUCUCUGCUGAGGACAGACUCUUUGUCCAGCACGGAUCCCGUUCUGUCUGAUGGAUCAGUGGGAUCAGCACCGACUCUGGGCCUGAGUCCUGGACCCAGCAACGCCAUUGACGUCAGCAGAACGGACCUGAACCCGACUCAAGACAAGAUGAUGAGGCAUCAGCAGAAAGCUGCAGAGAUGACGUGGAAGAAAGAAUUGGACGAGCCUCUGAAUCCUGACGCCUGGGCUGCUGUGCAGAAACUCUCUAGUUCAGCUGAUGACAAGUUUGAUUUCAAACCCGGCUUCAUGGCGUCUUUUCUGGACUUCCUGAAGACUGGAAAGAAACAGUCCGGUCUGGAGCUAGGACCUGAUGGCGGUCCUGAGGAGGAGGCCCUCAACCCCUGCUCCUCCCUGAAGAGCUCCUCCCUCAGGCCUUUAUCCCCGCCUCCUCCUCCCCUGCCACCGACUCCUCCUCCGCAGCCUCAAGGGCCCUUCAGCGAGGGGGAGCAUGGCGAGGGGGCGGAGCUGAACCUUAGCAGCUGUCCAAGUUCCUGCAAACCUCUGGACGAGGAGCUGGAGCUGAAGAGGAACCUAGAGACCCUGCCCUCCUUCUCCUCUGAUGAGGAGGACUCGGUCAGUAAGAACCAGGACCUGCAAAAGAGCAUCUCCUCCGCCAUCUCUGCCCUCUACGACACACCGCACUCACUCGCUGUUGCCAUGGCGUCUGCCAUGGCCAAAGCUCCACCCACUCCGUCCCCGCCUACACCACAUGAGCCAUCGCUCAGCCCCCCCCUCCCUGCUCUGCCCCCCCUCAUCCCCAGCAUGGGGAAGGAGGUGAAAGAGGAGGUGCUCACAUAUGCUCAGUAUCACUCCCAGGACAAGGAGGAGCAGGAAGAGAUGGAGAGAGAGAGGGAGGAGGAGAGGGAGGAGGAGCAAGGAAGCAAAGAGGUGGAGGAGGUGGAGGAGGAAAUGGAGGCAGAGGGAGGAGGAGAGGCAGCCGAUGAUGAAGAAACAAUGAGAGCUCAACAGAAUCUGCAGCAGGGAUCCCUGGAACAGCUGGAGGACGAGGACGAAGAGGAGGAGGAGCAGGACGAGGAGGAGUUAUCUGAACAACAGAUCCUGGAGGCUCCAAAGGUUCAAGAUUCUCCAUCAGGACCUGAGCCGGUUCCUGCACCUCCAUCCCCAUCUCCCACAAUCUCGCCCUCACCUCCCACCUACUCCUCACUCUCCCCACUCCCUCCUAUGUGCCCCUCUUUACCCUCCCCCCUGCCGAUCCAGCAGGAGGAGGAGGAGGAGGUGAACUUAACGACUCCUCCCUCUGAGCAGCAGAAGCAGCAGCAGUCCACCUACCAACCUGCUCCAACUGCAGGCACUUCCCCACCCCCCUCCACCUCCCCUCCAGCCCCCCUGUCCUCACCACUCUCCAACCUCCCUUUGGCCCAGUCCAUUCCUCCUCCAUCAACCACCCCUCCACCUUCCUCUUCAGACCAGGACCUGGAGCCUGAAGCCGGACAGCUGUCCCCCUCCUCCCCCUCCUCGUCCUCACCCUCUUCAUCAUCCUCUCCCCCACCCUCACCUCCAACCCCGGAGGAGACCCCGGCAUCCCAGCGCCUCACCUCCCUCCACCUGGCAAAGAAGCAGACUGAUGCUGCCAUCGCAGGGGAGAGCGAGGAGGAGGAGAGCGAGAGCGGCGGGGAGGGGAUCUUCCGUGAACGUGAUGAGUUUGUGGUUCGGACCGAGGACAUCGGCACUCUGAAGAUGGCGCUGCAGACGGGCAGAGAGCCUCCGCCCAUCUGGAGGGUCCAGAAAGCCUUACUCCAGAAGUUCAGCCCAGAGAUCAAAGAUGGUCAGAGGCAGUUCUGUGCAACCAGUAACUAUCUGGGUUAUUUUGGAGAUGCAAAGAUGAGAUACCAGCGUCUGUACGUGAAGUUUCUGGAGAACGUCAACAAGAAGGAUUAUGUGAGAGUGUGUUCGAGGAAGCCGUGGCACAGAGCGGGUCUGACCCUCAGGCGACAGUCUCUGCCCAAACAGCUGCCCCACAAUCAGACCCCCCCUCGAGGGGAGAGAGACGACAGAGACAAGGAGAGACAGAGGGAGCUGAAGGAGCAGAGAGAGAGGGAGCUGAAGGAGCAGAGAGAGAGGGAGCUGAAGGAGCAGAGAGAGAGGGAGCACCGGGAGAAGGUAGAGAAGGAGAACAAGGAGAGAGAGAGGAGAGAGAAAGAGGAGCAAAAAGAGAGAGAGGGGAAAGAAAAAGAGGAGAGAGAGAGGAGAGAGAAGGAGAAGGCUGAGAGGGAGGACAGAGAGCGUAGAGAGAGAGAGUGUAGAGAAAAGGAGAUAGAACUGGAGAGGGAGAGGAGAGAGAAGGAGCAGAGGGAACGAAAAGAAAGGGAACGACAGGAGAGAGAACAGAAACAGAAAGAGAGAGAGCAGAAACAAAGAGAGAGGGACCGCAAAGAGAGAGAGCAGAGGGAGAGGGAGAAACAGGAAAGGGAGCAGAAAGAAAAAGAAAGAAGAGAGAGGGAGCAAACUGAGCGGGAGAGGAAGGAGAGAGAGCAGAGGGAGAGGGAGAGAAGGGAGAAGGAGAGAGAGAGAGAGCGCAGAGAGAAGGAGAAACAGGAGAGGGAGUGGAGAGAGAAGGAGCUAAGGGAGCGGGAGAGAGAGAGGGAAAGGAGAGAUGGCGUGAUGGAGUAUUCAAGGUUGAAGGAGGAGAAAAGAGGAGGAGAGGAGAAGAGGAUGGAGCGUCAGUCUCGAGCUAAGACAUCAAAAGAGAAGGCAGAGCCUCCUCCAAAGAAGAGGAAGAAGUGGUUGAAGGAGGUGCCGUCCUCCUCCUCGGAGUCUGACUCCUCCCCUCCGAGUGAGGACGAAGCUCCUGUUCGGGGGGGAGUUAACAGCCGAGUGAUGCGUGAGAUGUUCAGGAGCUACGUGGAGAUGUUGGUCAGCACGGCGCUCGACCCAGACAUGAUUCAGGCUCUGCAGGACACUGACGACGAGCUGUACCUUCCACCCAUGAGGAAGAUUGACAGCCUGCUCAGUGAUCAGAAGAAGAGGCUGCUGAGGAGAGUCAACAUGAGCGCUCAGCACCAGGAGGUUCUCCAUAUUUUCCCGAAAAUGACGGCAGACCCUCUGGAGUCCGGAGCAGUUAAAGUCCACCUGGGGGGGGAGGGCUACAACCGAAAAACUCUGAACAGGGUCAAGCGGAGUAUUCCUAAACAACAGGAUUUGAAGCUGUCCAUAGAAACAUGUCGGAUCUACAGUCUGUAUCACUCCCUCCAUCACUACAAAUAUCACACCUUCCUGCACUGCAAGAAGGAGACGGACAGCAUCGAGCAGGCGGCCGAGGACCCCGGUCAGGAGGAGGUGGUGCAGCAGUGCAUGGCCAAUCAGAGCUGGCUGGAGAGUCUGUUCACCUCCUUCAUGGAGCUGCUGAGCCUCAGUUCAAAGGCCUGAACACCCCGACACCUGGACACCUGGACACCUGACCGGUACCCGACUGGUACCCGACCUGAACCUCUGAUCCAGGUGUACAGAGAGCAAGGGAUCAUUUAAAGAUCAGACUCCAGCAGAGAGGAUUCAAGUAUUUCUUAAUUACUGAUUUAAAGAAGACACAGAGAGGCGGAGUCAAACUGUGUGAAUGUGACACACACUCACGCACACACACACACACACACACACACACACACACACCUACACACACACGCGCGUGCACGCACACACACGCACACACACACACACACAGGAUGUCUAUAACGAUGUAAUAAACUCUGGUUUGUAUAAUUUAUACGUUUGUAAAGACGAGCGGAUGUUUUCUGAAGAUUUGAAAGCAGAGUUCAUUCAAUGACUGCCUGCCGAAGUCAGACUGAAGGAGGUUAAAGUGAAGGAGGUUAAAGUCAGACUGAAGGAGGUUAAAGUCAGACUGAAGGAGGUUAAAGUCAGACUGAAGGAGGUUAAAGUGAAGGAGGUUAAAGUGAAGGAGGUUAAAGUCAGACUGAAGGAGGUUAAAGUGAAGGAGGUUAAAGUCAGACUGACGGAGGUUAAAGUCAGACUGACGGAGGUUAAAGUCAGACUGACGGAGGUUAAAGUCAGACUGAAGGAGGUUAAAGUGAAGGAGGUUAAAGUGAAGGAGGUUAAAGUCAGACUGACGGAGGUUAAAGUCAGACUGACGGAGGUUAAAGUCAGACUGAAGGAGGUUAAAGUGAAGGAGGUUAAAGUCAGACUGAAGGAGGUUAAAGUGAAAGAGGUUAAAGUCAGACUGACGGAGGUUAAAGUCAGACUGACGGAGGUUAAAGUGAAGGAGGUUAAAGUCAGACUAUGUGAUAGUUUGUGCCUCAGCGUGCAGGCGAGACGGAGGUGAGAUGUAUUUAAACUGUGUUCUUUCUGUUUGUUCUUCUGAAGACGAUGAGACGCAGAGAGACGAUUUAAAAAAGAAUUCAGUCCACUCUCUGAGAGAUCCAUGUCAGUGUUAACGUCCUUUUUACCUGUUAGCUGUUUCUCGUGUUCUCUUUGUAAAUACUGUACAGCGAUUUCAUUCUGCUCCCCGUCGCUCUUCUGUACAUGAAAUUCUGUAUUUGACAUAAUGAAAUAAAACUGUUCAAAGGACUAAUGUGAUAAAGAAA